GCAGCAGGAGCCUUGCAGGAGGAAGGUGUGGCCCUGCAGGUCAGCCUGGUAUAUAAACUGCAACAUCCCUGCCGGCCCAGGAAGGGCUGUUGGGCUGGCAGGCUUGGGGGAACCUCCAGAGACCCACUGGGACCGCUGGCCAUGGGGGAGAAGCAUGGCGGGAGCCACCGGGCCCUGCUCAGUGAGGGAGAGGAAGCUGAAAUGGAGAUCUUGGGCUACAAGACCCGGGGCUUCCGGAGGGCCCUGUGCCUGGCUGGCUACGUCCUGUCCUGCGGGGGCCUCCUGCUUCUCUUCCACUGGAAACCCGAGUGGGAUGUCUGGGCCAACUGCCAGCCCUGCAGCUUGGAAGAGGCUGAUGUGGUGCUGCUCAGGACCACGGAUGAAUUUCAGAUUUGCACCCGGAAAAAGGUGACCUGGAUCCCUCUGCCUGCCCACAUGAAGCCCAGCUCUCUUGCCAUGGAUGACCAGGAGUCGCUCCUGAACAGGGUCACCGAGAAACCCGGGUUCAAGGUGCGAUCCCUCCAGGUGCAGAAGAUCCGGUACGCCUGGGACUUCUCUGCUCGGGAGUUUCGGAAAGUUGGAGCCCUGGAGGACCAUUACAGCUCCCUGGAGAUCCAUGCCAAGUUUGGGGCAGGGCUGACGAGCCCCCAGCAGGAGCUCAGGAGGGAAAUCUGUGGCCCCAACACCAUCGACAUCGAAGUCACGCCGAUCUGGAAGCUGUUGGUCAAGGAGGUGCUGCACCCAUUUUACAUCUUCCAAGCCUUCAGUGUCUGCCUGUGGUUUGCAGAGAAUUACAUUGAGUAUGCUGUGGCCAUAAUCAUCAUGUCCCUCCUUUCCAUUUCACUCACUGUGUAUGAUCUCAGAAAGCAAUCUGUGAAGUUGCACCAGCUGGCGGAAUCCCAUAACAGUGUCCUGGUCAAGGUGUUCAGGAAACAGACAGGCACCCAGGAGGUGGAAUCCCGCCAUCUGGUGCCCGGAGACACCCUGAUCCUGGACGAGGGCAGAAGCCUGCUGCCCUGCGAUGCCCUCCUGCUCAGCGGCCAGUGCAUCGUGAAUGAAGGCAUGCUGACUGGGGAAAGCCUUCCCGUCACCAAGACCAGUCUGCCCCGUGACUGUAAGAGCAGCGAGCCGUGGCAUCUCAGCUCCUCCGAGGACAGCAAGAGGCACCUUCUGUUCUGUGGGACAGACGUUAUCCAGGCCAGGGGAGGUGAUGGAGGACCAGCAAGGGCCGUCGUGCUGCGGACCGGUUUCAACACAGCCAAGGGAGACCUGGUGAGAUCCAUCCUGUAUCCCAAGCCGAUGAACUUCCGCCUCUACAGGGAUGCCAUGCAGUUUCUCCUGUGUCUCGUGGUGGUGGCUGGCAUCGGGAUGAUCUACACAAUCUGUGUCUUUGUAAUCAAUGGGCAAGAGGCAGGAGAGGUGGUGAAGAAAGCCCUGGAUGUCAUCACCAUCGCGGUGCCUCCAGCUCUGCCGGCUGCACUGACCACAGGGAUCAUCUACACCCAGAGGCGGUUGAAGAAAAAGGGGAUUUUCUGCAUCAGCCCCCAGAGGAUCAAUGUAUGUGGCCAGCUGAAUCUCAUCUGCUUCGACAAGACGGGCACCCUCACUGAAGACGGGCUGGACCUGUGGGGCAUCGUCUUGGCCGAAGGAAAGAGCUUCCAGGAGGUCCAUCGCUUCUCUUCUGGCCACCCAAUGCCCUGGGGCCCGGCGUAUGCAGCCAUGGCCUGCUGCCAUUCCUUGAUGGUCCUGGACGGGAAGACUCAGGGGGAUCCGCUGGACCUCAAGAUGUUUGAGGCAACUCACUGGGAACUUGCGGACUCCGUUGGUUGGGACGGAGAACUGGCAAAUGUUCUGGUGGUCAGCCCGGGACCCGAAGCUGCGGAGGUGCCUGUGAAGGGCCUGGCUGUCCUCCGGCAGUUUCCCUUCUCUUCAGCCCUGCAACGGAUGACGGUGGUGGCCCAGGAGGUCCCUGGGGACGGCCAGGUCUUCAUGAAGGGCGCCCCUGAGAUGGUGGCCAGUUUCUGCCAGCCAGAGACAGUGCCUGCCAGCUUUGCCCACGAACUCCAGGGCUGCACUUCCCAGGGCUUCCGAGUCAUUGCGCUGGCACACAAACGGCUGCAGGAAGGACGGCCGGCCACCUCCCUGACCAGGGAGGAGCUGGAGUCCGGCCUGACCUUCCUGGGCCUGCUGGUCAUGGAGAACCGCCUGAAGAGCGAGACCCGGCCGGUCCUGCAGGAGCUCAGCCAGGCCCGCCUCCGGAGCGUGAUGGUCACAGGUGACAACCUUCAGACUGCGAUCACCGUGGCCAGAAAUGCGGGCAUGAUCCCCCAGGGCAGCCGGGUGAUUCUGGUGGAAGCCUGUGCCCAGCCAGGCCAGCCCUCGGCCUCCGUCAGCUGGGAAGAGCUGGAGGAGCUCAGCCAGGAAGGUGGCGGCAGACCAGAGGGGGUCAUUGUGGAGCCGGGGGGAGACCCUCCGCCCGCCUGGGACCGUGGCUUCCACUUCUGCCUGAGCGGCGGCUCCUACGAGGUCUUCAGCCAGCACUUUGGGCACCUCCUCCCGCAGCUGCUGCUGAACGGGACGGUCUUCGCCAGGAUGUCUCCUGCUCAGAAGGCCCACCUGGUGCAACAGUUCCAGCAGCUUGACUAUUAUGUGGGCAUGUGCGGAGACGGGGCCAAUGACUGUGGGGCCCUGAAGGAAGCCCACGCGGGGAUCUCCCUCUCCGAGCAGGAUGCCUCGGUGGCUUCCCCCUUCACCUCCAAGGUGCCCACCAUAGAGUGUGUGCCGGAGCUGAUCAGGCACGGCCGGGCCGCCCUGGUCACCUCCUUCUGCAUGUUCAAGUACAUGGCCGUCUUCAGCCUGGCCAGCUACAUUGGCGUCCUCCUGCUCUACUGGCAACUCAACUCCUUUGGGAAUUACCAGUUCCUCUUCCAAGAUCUGGCCAUCACCACCGUCAUUGGGAUGACAAUGAGCCUGAAUGGGCCCCACCCCGGCCUGGCGCCCUAUCGGCCCCCCACGCAGCUGCUCGCCCCCCCGCUGCUGCUCUCCGUGGUGCUGAACCUGCUCUUCAGCCUGGCGGUGCAGCUGUGCGGCUUCCUUCUGGUGCAGCAGCAGCUCUGGUACUCCCCCAGUGACAUCCACAGGGCCUGCUCCCCUGAGAACGCCACUCCCGGCCACGGCCACAGCCACGGCCACAGCCACGGCCACGGCCCCCGAGCUCCCCUGUCCAGGGACGGCUUCCAGAGCUACGAGAACACCAGCGUGUGGCUCCUCUGCACCCUCUACUGCCUGACGGUGGCCCUGGUCUUCUCCAAGGGGAGGCCCUUCCGGGAGCCCCUCUACAAAAACUACAUCUUCGUUGCUGUCCUGAUGGUGCAGCUGGCCACCUGCCUCUUCUUCCUCUUUGCCAACAUAGACGGACUCUACGCCCAGAUGGAUCUGGUGUGCACCCCCACCCUCUGGAGGGUCUGGCUCCUUGGGCUGCUGCUGGUCGCCUUCAUCGCCUCCCUUGCUGUGGAGGAAUGGCUGAUAGAGAACAGGGCGCUCUGGCAGUGGCUGAAGAGGGCCGUGGGGUACCAGUCCAGCAGCCGCUACAAGCAGCUCCAGCGCGCCCUCCAGCGGGACCCGGCGUGGCCCCCCAGCAACAGGACCGACUUCUCAGGAUCCACGGCCGUCCCACUCGAAGGGCCGGGCCCCGCCUACACCAACCCGGCCUUCGUCAGCCACGAGCAGUCCUUCCAACAUUGCUGAGGCCGGGUCUCUGCUGGCGGCACGGAGGGGCCGGCCUCAGGGCCCAACCUUAAGCGGCCCUUUCGCACCUGCCCUGUGGGUCUUGGAGGGCAGCUGGGAGAUGCCUACUAUGAGGGUCAGCAGUGGGGAGGCAGGAGGGUGGAAGGAAGCCCCAGUGGGAGAGCUUGGGGGGCAGUGAGUCCACCUGCCCUGUCGGAGGGAUGGUGCCAAAGGACAGGAGAUGAGAUGUAGGGAGGGUCCCCUAGGGGCCUUCCCUGUUAAGGCACAAGGAUGCCCCACCUCCUGAACGGGGGUGGGCUUGCUCCAGGAGCUUCCGCUGGGCAGCCCUGGGCCAAAGGAGCUCGGUUUCUCCACGGUGCUAGAAGGGGUCACAGAUGCUCCAGGUCCCACCCAGGCCCUGCUGCCCUCCGGGUGCCUGAGGCUGCCAAAGGGUCAGGUGUGAACGCAGCUCCUCCAUCAGCCCCUCCCUCCUUGGAUCUACUCCCACCUUCCUACUUCCUCCCCCAUCCAGGAUCCUAAGCCUUUGCCUCCUUCUCAUCGUUCACCAGCAAGGGUCUCUCCUGCCAGGAAGGGCCCCCUUCCCCCUGUUGGGGUGUCUCAGGAACCUCCAGCGGUCUCUCUGGGACCCCCAGUUCUCAGGCUGCAGUUAGGGAUGGCCGCUUCUGUGCCCAGCAGGGGUCAGUCUUUACCUGUGCCCUGGGGACCUCUGGUGGUUCCCUUGGGCAUUGCAGGGGCAGGGGCUGAAAUCUGGAGAUUGCUGCUACUAUUUUAUUGAAACUGAUUUUUGUUAAACAUUGGGGUCCAGUGGGGGCCUGCAUUGAUGAUGAUGAUGAUGAUUAUGACGACGACAUAGUGUUCUGCUUAAAGGAGCAGCUCAGGGGCUGCCAUCCUGGCCUUUUGGCAGAAAUUCAUCUUCCGUUAACAUUUUCUGUUCCGAGAACAUCAGAGGAAAAGGCCCGGCUUUAAUUAAAUGCAGCUGACACCCUU